ACUCAAUUUUAUCUGUAUCGCUUUUGUUAUUUGUAUUAUUCGUUAUUUGCUUUUCCAUAGCUCACUUUGAAUUUUUUAGCCUUAUCUGACCUCAUUUUAUGCUUCUUUUGAGCCGAGGAUUUUUCGAAAACAGUCAUUCUAUCUUGACAGAAGUAAGGUCUGCGUACACUUCGGGUUUCAUAGAUUAGAUAUUGAUUUCCAAAUUGAGCUAACCAAAAACGCAACUAAAAAAUUUCCCCAACAUUUCUUACUCUUCCCUUCCAAAAAUGGCAACAACAAACCAUGUAGAUCAACAACACGACGUCGUUGUAGUUGUAGUUCCUCUUCCUGCACAAGGCCAUCUCCAUGCAGCCCUCCAACUCUCCCGCCGUCUCUCCUCCGCCAACAUCCCCGUUUACUACGUCAGCACCGCCGCUCACGUCCGUCAAGCUCAGUCGCGUGCUGCCGGUUGGGAUCCACUGAAAACACCAAACCUCAAUUUCAUCGAUUUUCCGGUUACAUUCGAUGUACCUCCUCCUAAUCCAAAUGCAUCCAUCAAGUUCCCUUCUCAACUUGUUCCUGCUUUCAGCUCUUCAAUGCAACUACGUGAUCCAGUUACAGACCUAGUUAAUAAAUUGUCUUCAAUAUCUAGAAGAGUUGUUGUGAUUCAUGAUUUUCUCACGUCUUGGGUUGUUCAAGAUGUAUCCAAAAUACUCAAUACAGAGUCUUACUGUUUAAACACUGUUUCUGCGUAUCUUAUGUUUUCAUAUGUUUGGGAUGCUGCUAGACCACCUGUACCUCCUGAAGCUGAAGUUGUACUUAAACAACUUCCGUCUUUCGAUGGGUGUAUUUCUCCUGAAGUCGUAGAAUUUACUAUGAAGCAAAUAGGUGUAAUUCAUGAUGCUGGGAAUAUUUACAGUACGUCUCGAGUAAUCGACGGAUUGUACAUCGAUUUGAUGGAGAAAACGAGUAUUUCUAAGGAUUUUACGCAUUGGGCUCUUGGUCCAUUCAAUCCUGUAGAUCUGGAUUUUGACAAGAAGGAAACUGUCCUCGAUCGCCAUUAUUCACUAGAGUGGCUCGACAAACAACCACCAAGCUCGGUGAUUUUCGUUUCCUUCGGAUCAACCACUUCGUUAUCCGAAGACGACAUCAAAGAGCUAGCAAUUGGGCUGGAAAUAAGUCAACACAGAUUUAUCUGGGUCCUGAGGGAUGCAGAUAAAGGAGAUAUAUUCUCUGGUGAAGUUCGGAAAUAUCAAUUGCCUGAAGGAUACGAAAAGAGGGUAUCGGAAAGAGGACUUGUAAUAAGAGAUUGGGCACCACAAUUGGAAAUUUUAGGACAUCCGUCCACUGGCGGAUUCAUGAGUCAUUGCGGGUGGAAUUCUUGUAUAGAGAGUAUUUCCAUGGGAGUGCCAAUAGCGGCGUGGCCAAUGCAUUCCGAUCAGCCUAGAAAUGCUUUGUUCAUAACUGAAGGACUGAAAAUCGGGAUACCGGUGAGAGAAUGGGAGCGAAGAAACGAAGUGGUCCCGGCAGAAACAGUUCAAAAAGUUGUGAGAACGUUAAUGGCGUCUCCGGAGGGAGAGGAGAUGAAACGGAAAGCUACAGCGCUCAAGGAAGCAGUAAAGUUGGCAGUGAUGGAGGGUGGGGUAACUCACAAGGAAAUGGAAUCUUUUGUUGCGCACAUCACUAGAUAGAUUUUUUUUUUGUGAUGUUCUUGCUAGUUUGGGUGUAUUUAAACCUUUUGUCAUGUAUUGAACUAAGUCAAGUAUGUUUUUCCCUUUUUAAACUUGAGUAAUUAUUUAAUGUUCUCAAAUACAAUCUCUUUUAUUUUUAGAUUUCAAAUUAAUGGUAGAAUUAUGUCUUCGUGGCUUAUAGGUUACUAAUACCACGAAACGUAGUUGUUGUUAUCAAUGUAUGCCACUUAUAUUGCACCCUCUUGAAAUGUGGCACUUCCUUAAACAGGUG